UAUCCAAAUAUGUUAGCCACAUAAGAUAAAAGAAAAUAAAAUGAAUUGAUAGAAAAGAAUACUCCGAAAAUAAUAAUGGAAGCAAUUGUUGGUAAAUCUCUCUGUUAUGCAAAGAUUUGUAAGCCCGAAAGAAGUUGUUGUUCUCCUUCAAGUUCAAUAUCACCAACAAUUUUACAAUGUAAAGUUUCAAUGUUUGGUUAUGAAUCUGGUCGAAAAGUGGAAUGUAUGAGAAUGAUAAAGCCAUUAAUAUUAUUCCCAGAUCAUGAAAGGAAUAACAAGGUUGGAGUUGUAUAUGCUUCUUCUGAAGGUGAAGCUUCCCCUGCUAGUAAUGUUGUUCAAGGCUGGCUUCUUGAACCUGUUGGAGAUGGAGACUGGAAGCACAUAGGUUUUAAGGUUGCAAUGCCAGGUGCAUAUGAAAUUUUAUCUAGUGAUGAAAUGGUUAUCGGGAGACAAGCUGGGAAAGCAGAUAUAGUCAUCCCUGUUGCCACAGUUUCAGGGAUGCAUGCUAGAAUUCAGAACAAACAAGGGAGUUUAUUAAUCAGUGACUUAGAUAGCACAAAUGGGACUUACAUCAAUGAAACAAGAGUAGUACCCGGUACCAAGGCCGUUGUACCCCCCGGAAGCUUACUCACAUUUGGGGACAACCAUCUUGCAAUAUUUCGGGUUUCGAAGAUUGAGAAAACUGUAAGCAAUGAACCAGAAGAAUCUCAAGAGAAAACAGAAAUUGAAACCACAGAGGUGGCUCCUCAACCUUAAAACUGCAUAACAAAUGAUUCCCUGCUACUCCACUUUGCAUUUCGGAAUUUUGUUAUCAAAUUUCUUACAUGUACCCGCAUAAUAAGCUCACCCGUAAUGGCUGCUAUAUCUCUUCUACAUUUUUUUAUAUAAUAAAAUACGGUAUUGACAAA